AUGUCGAAGACGUCAUUGCUUGGAAGGGACGACAGUAGUGAGUCCAGCUCCCUGGAUGACGGGUCCAAGUUCGUCUCCAAGGGUAGCAGUGACACCAGUUCAGAGGAUGUCUAUCCUGCUGAGGAAGCCAAUAGAUUGUCGAUGAUGCAAACCUUGAUCCAUUUAUGGAAAUGCAACAUUGGCACGGGGCUCCUGGGGCUUCCCCUGGCCAUGAAAAAUGCAGGCAUAUUGGUUGGUCCUAUCGGCCUGCUGACCAUCGGGGUCCUCACUGUACACUGCAUGGUCAUCCUCCUGAACUGCGCGCAUCACCUCAGUCAGAGACUGCAAAAGACAUUUGUGAACUACGGAGAGGCCAUGAUGUACAGCCUGGAGACCUGCCCAAACGCCUGGCUGAGGACGCAUGCGGCCUGGGGAAGGUACACUGUCAGCUUCUUGCUGAUCAUCACCCAGCUGGGCUUCUGCAGUGUUUAUUUUAUGUUUAUGGCAGACAAUUUACAGCAGAUAGUGGAGGAAGCCCACGUGACCUCCAACACCUGCCAGCCCAGGAAGAGCCUGGCACUGACCCCCAUCCUGGACAUCCGAGUCUACAUGCUGACCAUACUACCCUUCCUGGUCCUGCUGGUGUUCAUCCGGAACCUCAAGGUGCUGUCCGUCUUCUCGACUCUGGCCAACAUCACCACCCUGGGGAGCAUGGCUCUGAUCUUUGAAUAUAUCACGCAGGAGAUUCCAGAUCCCAGCAACCUACCCUUGAUGGCAGACUGGAAGACCUUCCUGCUGUUCUUCGGUACAGCAAUCUUCACGUUUGAAGGUGUCGGUAUGGUUCUGCCUCUCAAAAACCAGAUGAAGCGCCCACAGAAAUUUUCUUUUGUUCUGUACUUGGGGAUGUCCCUUGUCAUCAUCCUCUUCAUCUGCCUGGGAACACUUGGCUACAUGAAGUUUGGGUCCGACACCCAGGCCAGCAUCAUUCUCAACUUGCCCAAUUGCUGGCUGUACCAGUCGGUCAAGUUGAUAUACUCCAUUGGCAUCUUCUUCACCUACGCCCUCCAGUUCCACGUCCCAGCCGAGAUCAUCGUCCCCUUCGUCGUCUCCCAGGUGUCAGAGAACUGGGCACUGUUUGCAGACCUGUCCGUCCGCACAGCCUUGGUCUGUCUGACCUGUGUCUCAGCCAUCGUCAUCCCCCGCCUGGACCUGGUCCUCGCCCUGGUGGGCUCCCUGAGCAGCAGCGCCCUGGCACUCAUCAUCCCGCCCCUCCUGGAGAUCACCACUUUUUACCCUGAAAACAUGAGCUUUGUCACCAUCGCGAAGGACAUCAUGAUCAGCACCCUGGGCCUUUUGGGGUGCAUAUUUGGAAUAUACCAAGCCCUCUAUGGGCUGACCCAACCCACCAAACACUCCAUAGCCAACUCCACCGGUGUCUAUGCACAUCAUUUCCCAUUUUUAUUCGAAUAG